AUUCGAAACAUUCACGAGCGUUCAUUGUUCGUUGUAAAAUUUUGUCAGUUGAAAUCAGUUGAAAUGCGACCGUUUGCGAGUUUUGCCGGUGAAUUUUAAGUAUUUUAUUGUAUAUUUUUUCGUCUGUGAAUGUGUGUACAUGUUUGGCUGCAAUUAAUUAUCGCUGCUGCUCUCUCUUGGAUUAAGUGCUGCAUUUGGUGUAAAUUUAUUUGCUGUGUGCUUCCAAUGCGCUACGCUUGAUGUGCAAUAAACGUUUUGUGUUCAUUAUUUGCACACUCCAAUUAAUAUUUUGCGCACGCACACCUAAAUUGUGAUAUUAAACAACAGAAAAAAAGAAAAACUAUUGUGAAAGUUGUAAGAAGUAUUAAAGUAAAAAUAUAUACAUAUAUUUACAAGAUAAACAAGGCAGCGAAACUUCGUUAGCAGCAGCCGCAGCAACAAAUACAAGAACGACGUUGGGACGCGAAUCAACAGCUCUGCUUCCACGUACACUGUGAAUUGACGCAACGUGCUGUUCUUGCUCCUUUUAUUUUGUCUGCUUCACAAGAAAAUUUGCUGUCAUCGACGCUGACGUCGACGUUAACCGAAUUUUGCUGCAGUAACCGCAACGCUUCAUAUGUGAAGUUUGAUUAUUGUUUUUUUUUUUUCGUGUUGUGUUGGGUGCGUUGAAUCAGCGCGUAGUAUAAUACGCUGUUUAAUUGCAAUAAUUCAUAGUGCUUAUUAUACGUUUUGUUUGCGUUAUUUAAACGAAACAAUAUACAAUUAUUGGAGGUGAACAAACCAAAGUAAAAAGAAAGAAUUUUAAAAUCCAUAUUGCCUAAAAGUUGCAGCAUAAGUAAAAGUAAAAAAGACUACAGGACGACAGCAAAGCAAGACAAAAUGUCAGAUACAAAAUCGUUUUCGAGUAUUGAAACGCCUGGCUAUGUCGGUUUUGCUAACUUACCGAAUCAGGUGCAUCGUAAAUCGGUGAAAAAAGGCUUUGAAUUCACGCUGAUGGUGGUCGGUGAGUCUGGACUGGGGAAGUCCACAUUGGUCAACAGCCUAUUCCUCACAGAUUUGUAUCCGGAGCGUGUGAUACCAGAUGCCAUUGAAAAACAAAAACAAACUGUCAAACUAGAAGCCUCCACAGUUGAGAUAGAGGAGCGUGGUGUCAAGUUGCGUCUUACAGUUGUGGACACACCCGGCUUCGGCGAUGCUAUCGAUAAUUCGGAUAGUUUUAGCGCCAUACUAGAAUACAUAGACGAACAGUAUGAGCGUUUUUUGCGCGAUGAGAGCGGCCUGAAUCGACGCAAUAUUGUGGACAAUCGUAUACACUGCUGUUUCUAUUUUAUAUCGCCUUUCGGGCAUGGCCUCAAACCUUUAGAUGUCGAGUUUAUGAAGAAAUUACACUCCAAAGUGAAUAUUGUGCCUGUGAUCGCGAAAGCGGACUGCCUCACAAAGAAGGAGAUACUACGCCUCAAAUGCCGGAUUAUGCAAGAAAUUGAAGAUCAUGGCAUUAAAAUAUACCCACUGCCCGAUUGUGAUUCCGACGAGGAUGAGGACUACAAGGAACAAGUGAAACAACUGAAAGAAGCAGUGCCAUUUGCGGUGUGCGGUGCUAAUACGCUGCUGGAGGUGAAAGGCAAAAAAGUGCGUGGUCGUUUAUAUCCCUGGGGUGUGGUUGAGGUGGAAAAUCCCGAACACUGUGAUUUCAUCAAAUUACGCACAAUGCUAAUCACACACAUGCAAGACUUGCAAGAGGUCACACAGGAAGUACACUAUGAGAACUAUCGUUCCGAUCGUUUGGGUAAAGGGCGCAAGGAGAAUGGCAUGAAAGUCGAGCGUGAUUCUAUGGUGCCAACGCAAAUUGUUGUGAACAGCGUCAUUUCCGAGAAGGAUCGAAUAUUGCAAGAGAAGGAAGCUGAAUUGCGACGCAUGCAGGAGAUGUUGGCACAAAUGCAGGCCAAGAUACAAGCGCAACAGUAGGUGUGUGCUACUUAGUAUAUAGUACGUAUAGAACAGGUGUAAGCAUAAAAAUAAACUACAAAAACAACAACAACAAGCAGUAGAAAAGCAGCAGUAACAAUAAUAAAUGAUUUAAUGCAAGCGUGCAUGCAAAUGUAUAUGUAGCACGGCUUAGCAUUGCAUUCCUAUUAGUCACAAGUCUACAGCAAGAGAGCGCAAAUGAAAAAAGACAAAUAAGAAACUGUAAUGUACUGCGCUUUAUAUAUAUACAUACAUAUAUACACAUAUAAAUGCAGAAAAACUUGCAAAUAAUGUUUUCAAAUCGCGUUUUGUUUUAUUGCGAUAGUUUGUGUUGAAAUUUUGCUAUAUAGCUUUUACACAAUUUCUUUCAUAUAUGUAGGCAUUACUUUUGUAAUUCGUAAAACUUUAUAUUAAACAACAAAAAACGUUGGCGUAUUAUUUUAUAUACAAAUAAUUAUCUAAUAAUAAUUAUGCUUAUGCUUAAUAAUAACUUAUAAAAAAUAUCGUGUGUAAACAAAACCACAUGACUAAACAUGCAUAUUUUGUAUUUUCUUAUGUUGUUUUCAUAAAAAAACAAUUUAUAAACAUAAAAAUAUAUUUUUGUAACGUUUAAUAUUACGUAUGUUCCGUGUAUGACGGUAGCAUAACAUAAAAAAUAAUAAUUAAAACACAAUUGUUGCAUAUUUAAGCAACACACAUACAUACAUUUCAUAAAAAUUCAGGAUAAUAUGACAAACUUCGUAAAUUUAUUACAUACAUAUAUGUUUUCAAUAUUGUUUAAACGUUUUUCAUAUAUAUACACACACACACCUUGAAACACAUUCUAAAUUUUGCUCAUACCUAAAUUAUAACUAAUUCAUCUACGUUUGUGUAACUGUUUAUACGUAUGCCAUACAUAAUCACAAUACUUGUUGCAUAUAUAUCUUCACUGUUACAUCAAAUAUGCAAAAAUAUUUACACAAAAAACUCACAAGUCUUCAAAAGAUUCCUCGCACACUUUUUUUAUGUUGCUUUACCACUAACGCCUAAUGUGUUACAACAGUUCCGCCCUAUAUUUAACAUUGUAUGCAAAUGCCAAUAACCACACAUUGCACAUGUUGCAAAAAAAUAUAUAAAAACUGCGUUAAAAAUUCAGUGAAAAGUAUAUUUGCUUAAAUUAAAAGCAUUGCUUGUAAUUACGUCACAAAAAUUAUAAAAGUUAAUGACACUAAAUUUACGCUGUAUUAUUCUUAAAGCUGAAACAUGUAAAAAAAUUAAAUAAGUAUUUUUGUGUUUAAUUAUGCAGUUGUUGUGCGCUCACAACGACAGUGUGUUCAAAACUGUCUCAAAAUGAAGCUCCUUUCUAUUAGCUGCUUCUCAUUAUAAACCAUUGUAAACUUUAAAAAAUAUACGCUUGGUGCUCUGGCUUCUCUACUUCUUAGAUUUUCCUAUACAUAUACAUGCAGUGCUUACAAUGCAACUCAUGGGUAAUAUACCCGGUACCAUACAUAUGAACGAUUUAGAAUCAUAGUACAUACAAAUAUAAUGAAAAGCAUGUAAUUGAAUUGAAAAAAUAAAGAUUAUUAAAUAUUUUGUAAAAUUUUAAUGCUAAUUACAUAUAAAAAUUACAAAUGCUGCAUUGGAAAUAAUAAUAUGCAUGUAUAUAAAUACAUUCAUACAUAUUUAUUUGUAUUUCAUAAGUACAUAUAAAUAUUUGCGCUAGUAAAAAAAAUUAAUUACAAACGAUUUGCUGUUGAAUAAUAACUCAGAUAUGCAAUAAUUACUAAUAAACACCACUAGUUAAACAAUUUCAAUUAAAACAAAAAAAAAUUAUAAAAACAAGAAUUGCAAAUUGCAAUUGCAUAGUCUCAGUUGUAUCUUAUGGUUGAUGUGCAGUGGCAUAUACACAUAUAUAAAUGUUUAUUAAGUCGGACAAUGCAUCAGCAUUAUAUGCUAUAUAUAUAUAUAUAUAUACGUCAACAAAGAUACAUAAAUGUAAUUAUAAAAAUAUAAGUUAUAUGAUAAUAAAAAAUAUAAAUACAUUUAUACUCGCUUUUAUACCUACAUCAAAAUAACAUGCUGUAUUAUUUUAGUUAUUGUUAAAAUUUUUUUGCAUUAUUUUAAAUAAUUGUCGAGAUUAUACAUAUGUGCAUUCAUAUAAUAGUUUAUUUGUAAAAUAUAAGAAGGAACAAAUCGGUGACAUCGUUAGCUCAGAAUUGAUGACUUCAUUUGCAUUUAUGCUAUGAAUUUUUUCUAUGUAUAAAUAUCAGCAUAUUUUAAUAAUAUUUUCAACUUUUUUGUGUCUUGAACAAGGUUUGGUUCUAACAACCAACAAAAGGAAUCUGACAAAGCAAAUGUGGAGUUCAAAAGUCUUGCUCGGAAUACGUUUUUAUUUAUAGUUGAGUAUUUAGAUGCAGAAAGCAUUGUAUGUUUGAUCGACUAAGAGAUCAGACUCAUUGAGUUUAGCUUAACUUUUAAAUUAUAGGAAACUUAAAUCUUAAUAGAUUUUGUUGAUUAGAUUUCAAUAUUGUAAAUAUUUACGAAUGCCAGGUAGAGAAGAACACGAAUUACGGAAUUUUGCUGGAGUUACCAACUAUUUUGACAGUGUAGCCAACUAUUGGUAAGGAUAAAAAAAACAAAAAAUUUACUAAUACUAAUUAAACAAAAAGACUAUUAAAACUAUAGCUCAAAGUCCAAAGGUUAAAAAAGUUUAAAACCGUUUUAUUACACAUAUAUAUAUUUAUAUAUAUAUAUAUAUUGUUAUAUAUUUGUAACAACGAAAUACCUGUCAUGAGUGUUGUAUAUUUUCACAACGAGUAGUAAUAUGGGUUUGUAUAAUUUUUUAUACUCUUCCGUAGAUGUACAAUACCUUAAAUUGUCCACUGCUUUCGAUAAUCAUAACUAUAAAUGAAUAAAUAAAUUACAACUUAAUAUAACUUCAAAAUAUGUAUUUUACACUGACAUCAUCAAAAACCAUCGAACACUGCACUCAUGGGUUAAGUUAUUUGACAUAUACGAACGUCUUCACAAAAGAAAACGUCAACUUAUUAUCGCUUUGUUCUCCCGCUUUUUCUCUAAUUUCAUUUCGCAGUUUUUAUUUUAUCUGACAUUUGCUUUUGCACACAAAAAUCUUUUCCUGCUCAUCGGAAUGUUGCUCAUCGACCAUUUGUGAACGAAUCAACGAAUAAACCACGCCGUGGAGCAGCUCAACGCAAGCGCGAGUGUGUAUCGUUGAUAUGUUGUGUGUUUAAUGUGUUUAAAUAAAAACGAAGUGUCAGUGGAUAAAGAAGCAACAGUAGAAACAGCGCGAAACGCAGCGACGGCAAAAGUGAUGGACUGAAAUCGCACAUAAUUUAUAAAUAAAUAGCUAUUUCGCGAAUGUGAAUUAUUUGCCAUUGUAUUGAAAACUUGUUAAAUAAUUCGUAUAAAAAUUUUGCGAAAUAUAAUAAUUGAAUAAUUAGUGCGUAAAAAUCCUUUACCAUUUAUAAUACAAACGAAAACUACUGACAAAUAAAACAACAACAGUAAAAUCCAAAAAGUUCUAAA